ACAAACAACUACACAUUGUUGAACUAGUAGGUUCAAUCGAUAACGAUUUCUGUGGCACAGACAUGACGAUUGAUACCGAUUCCGCGUUGCAUCGUAUCAUUGAAAGUAUAGACGCUAUAGUUAGCACGGCUUACUCUCAUCAGAGAACGUUUAUAAUGGAAGUUAUGGGUCGUCAUUGUGGGUAUCUGGCUAUCGUGGGCGCUUUAGCUGCGGAGGCUGACUAUGUUUUCUUCCCAGAAUGUCCGCCUCCCGUCGAUUGGCCUGAAAAAUUAUGUAGAAAAUUGGAGCAGGCACGUCUAAUAGAUUUUUCGAAAUUCUAUAUAGAUUGCGUUGCUAAUUUUUUCACUAACUCGGCCCAACAUAAAAAGAUUUUUUUAUUUCUGUACAUGUCAGUUUUUGGGCUGCUAAGUGUUUCGAAUUAA